AUGGCUACUUUCCGCCGCUUUCGCCCUGAGGAUGUUAACAAGUUCUCUAAGUGCAACCUAGACCCUCUCACGGAGACAUAUGAGCUGGCGUUCUACUUGCAAUACUAUGCCAGAUGGCCCUCCAUGUUCCAGGUCUGUGAGGAUAUGAAUGGAAACAUAAUUGGCUACAUUAUGGGCAAACUUGAAUCGUCGCCCGAUGUUUACAAAUACUCCGAACAUUACCUCCCCUGGCACGCCCACGUCACUGCGCUGACCGUUGCGCCUGAAGCGAGGAGGCUGGGCAUCGGCAAGAUCUUAACCGAAUUGCUGGAGGCUCCAGCCAACGCCAACGACGCCUGGUUUGUCGACUUGUUUGUCCGAACGAGUAAUCAUAAGGCGAUCGCCUUCUAUAAGAGCUUGGGGUACAGCGUCUUUCGCGUGGUCAAGGACUACUACGGCGACCACGCCACGGACCCGACCCGAGACAGCGAGGACGCCUAUGACAUGAGGAAGCCUAUGAAGAGGGACACAAAGCUCCAGCACAUUAGAGAUGACGGCGAGAAGCAUGAAGUUGAUCCAUCCGAUGUAUGGUGA